AUGGGGCAGGUCAUAUCGGACGAGCAGUCGACGCAUCGCUCCAAAGAAGAGCUGCUACAGGACCUGGCAGUGCGCUUCAAGGAGAAAUGCUUCACUUCUCUCGAGUUUUACUCGCUCAAGGAUGUUUUCAAGACUCUGGCCGAUCGCCAGGGAGACGUCUCGUACCUAAAGGAAGACACCAUCGCUCGCUACUUGGAGAUACCCGACAUUCUUGGCGCGUCGCCAGUUUUGUUCCAGAUGGUGUCGUAUGUGGGUGCCUUUCCCUUCCUGGCCGAAGCACCAGUAAUUAUCGAGUUUCCGCAUCUUAUAAUGGUCGUAGUCAUCAUGACUGAACGAUAUAAACGGGUUCUUGCUCGCGGGUCAACCGACCGUACCAAGCUGCUCUUCAAGAGCAUGGCAGUCUAUGACCGCAAAGCAUCUACGACAAGUCCCAUCUCACCAACUAUCCAAAGUGAUGAUACGGAUCAGGCCGGUACCAAGUCGCUGGGCUUCACUGUUGACCAGCCCGGACAAGAAGAUGAUGACGAAUACGCCGACGAUGACCUCGUUCUUACCGCGUUUGAGCUUCUGGAUAUCGGCGAUGCCGUCAAACAAGGCAGUGUACCCGAGGUACACGGCGCAAUUAUACCAAUGGACAACUUUCGCAAGCUCGUGAUGCUGCUACUCCUCGUUGCUCCUCUAGGUGAACAAGACAGUCUUGCGCAAUAUUCCGAUCGUGUCACAGGCACCGAACUGGAGCACCUACGAUCCUCAGCAGAGAGCAUUUUAUCGUCCUUUGCCGAUGUAGAAACAACCCCUGGCAUUCGAUACCAUGACUUCAAGCGACUUCUGCCCGUCAUUGCUCCAAACCUUUUCAGCGGGUUCAAUAACCUCUUCAAUCACUUUCUAUUCUCCAAGAAUCUCGAUUUUUCCAAACACAAGGGCGACGAGGCCAAACUCGAGAAUCAGCCCGCAAAGCUAGCUCAGCCGCUGGUUCUCAACAAUGGCGAGAUUUUGAAUGGUCAUCUCUUGGCUCAAAUAUCCACAUUCUUGCCCGCCUCCGACUUAUUCCACCGUGUCCGCCUGUUGUAUUCUGGAAACGAAUCGGGCUUCUCCAUCGGGAGCUUCGAGUCCAAAGUGUUCAACUGGGCUGCCCCUACGAUAUUGCUCGUCAGCGGAAGUCGGAUCGGAGACGAGCCAGAAGGUGGGCAGGAGACCAACUUUGCCGAGUCUCUGCCUCUAAAGCGGUAUCCGAAUGGCAGCAAAGGCGAGCGCCUCACAUUCGGCCUGUACGUUCGGGAGCCGUGGAAGCACACCCACAAAAAUUGUUUCGGCGACUCCGAGACCGUCCUCUUUCAACUGGAGCCCGUACACGACGUCUUUCGGGCGUCAACCAUCAACACCGACUACGUCACAUUUACAAAGGCGCCCGCCAAUCAGCCCUGCAUGGCUUUUGGGUGUCCCCAUCCCAAGCCAACAAAAUCAGGCCGUACCAGCGCCACAUUCUCACUGGGCGCGGUAUCGCUUCUGUUGGAUGGCUCGUUUGAGUUUGGCGUCUUCAACCACGAUUAUUCGUCCCGUGGCGGUGCGUUUCACACGAGCGCGGUGCGAAAGUCCAACUUUCAGGAUCGGUUCCAGAUUCACAAGCUCGAGGUAUGGGGCUGCGGCGGCGACAAGGAAGCCGCCGCGCAGGCGGAGAGAUGGGCGUGGGAGGAACGGGAAGCCGAAGCGCGCCGCAAGAUUAAUCUGGGCACUGGUAGUCAAGACCAAGACCGAGCGUUGUUGGAAAUGGCGGGAUUGAUUGGAAAUAACCGGAGCGGUGGUUCCAUGUCCUAG